AUCAACAAGCAAGUCGUGUGUCUAAAACAUAUAUCUUUUUCCAACAAAAAAUAACUUUAUCUGAAUAACAAGUAAUAAAAACUUGAGGAAAGGCUUGAAUUUUUGACUUCAUAGGUCUUGAAAAUGGGAUAAUAGGAACAAUUAUUUACUAAAGUUUGCAUUAUAUAUUAGAAUAGACUUACAAUGUAUAGCUUUAGAAAUAACAAAAUCAACUCAGGCGAUAUCACCAACCUUGCGAGGCGCCGCGGCACAAAUUUUGCCGGCUUUGGCUCAGGUUUUGACGAUAUCGCCGCAGGCCGGUCUUCGUCCGGCCAUGGACAGAUGGAACCCGACCCAAACCCAGCAAAAUUCCUACCCUACCUGUACCUCCCGGCAAGCUCUAAACCUUGAGGGUAGGAAUCAAAUGAGGAGAUCAUUUCUAGCUCUGCCUCUACAAGCAGAGAUACGACUCCACUGCUGAAAUGGCCAAAAGUCCACUCUCCCACAAGUGUGAUCAGCCUGGAAACACAAAUUCUUUCAGCCAUUUCACCAGAGAGGACGGUGCCUACAAGUGGAACACCAUUCUGAGAGGCUUCCUGGAGAGAAAUGACCCAAAGAAAGCCAUCCUUGGGUUUGCCCAUAUGAGGAGGAGAGGGAUCAAAGCGGACAGCUAUGCCCUUCUGUUUGUGAUCAAGGCCUGUGGCCUCAUCAUGCCAGGAGUUUUUGAGGGGAAACAGAUGCAUGCCCAGGCUCUAAAAUUGGGUUUUGGAUCAGAGGUUGUGACACAGACUGCUCUUCUCAGGAUGUACUGUCUGUUUGGAGAUCUCCUGGCUGCGCAGAAAGUCUUCGAUGAAACUCCUCAGAGGGACAUCAUUCAAUGGAAUGCUCUCAUUUCUAUAUUUGCUCAGAGAGAUCACCCCAACAUAGCAAUUCGAGCAGCCCGUGCUAUGGUAAAUGAGAAUGUGAGACCUGAUGAAGUGACGGUAGUCAGCAUCGUCUCUGCCUGCACUCGGCUGAAAGCUUUAGAACAUGGAAAACAAGUGCAUGGCUAUGCGACGAAAAACCUUUCGGGAUUCGACGCCUUUGUUCGCAAUGCUUUGAUCAAUAUGUAUGCGCAAUGCGGAUGCUUAUCGAAUGCACAUCAUGUUUUUGAGAAGAUGAGCUGCAGAAAUGUAGUUUCAUGGACUUCGAUAAUCAAUGGUUAUGGUGAAAAUGGCCGCCCGAGCGAAGCGCUGGCUCUGUUUAAAGAAAUGGAGACUGCAGGGGUUAGACCUGAUGAAGUAACUGUGUUAGCAGUGGUUUCUAUGUGCACAAAAUUGGGAAGCUCAGAGAUCGGCGAAUGGAUCGAUGAAUAUGUCAAGAAGAAUGGGUUUCAGGAGAACAUAAACAUUAUGAAUGCACUCAUUGACAUGCAUAGCAAAUGUGGGAACAUAGAGAAGGCGUGUCAGAUAUUUGAUCAGAUGACAGAGAGGACUCUGAUAUCAUGGACCGCAAUAAUACAAGGACUGGCGAUGCAUGGUUAUGGUGUGGCUGCCCUUGUUCGGUUCUCUCAGAUGCAGAGGGAAGGAUUCAAGCCGGAUGAUAUUGUUUUUCUAAGUGUUAUGAAUGCAUGUAGUCAUGCUGGUCUAGUGGUGGAGGGGAAGCAGUGUUUUGAGUCCAUGGCAGAGGAGCAUGGUAUGACACCUAGCAUAGAACACUGGGGAAGUAUGGUGGACUUGCUAUGCAGAGCAGGGUUACUAGGUGAGGCGUUUCAGUUUUUAGUAAGCAUGCCUGUGAAACCAGAUGCUGUGAUAUGGCGCACAUUGAUAGGAGCAUGUAGAGAUCAAGGAAACAUAAGUUUAGCAAGACAAGUGAUGGAUUAUGUACUUGAUUUGGAACCAGAACAUAGUGGAAAUUAUAUAUUGAAAUCAAAUUUGCAUGCAGUGGUUGGGGAUUGGGACGGCGUCCAUGAAGUAAGAAAUGACAUGGGAUUCAGAGAAGUUACUACUAAGAGAGAUCCUGCUCAUAGUUAUAUUGAAGCCCAACACAAUGUAAUAUAGUUUGAGUUACUUCAUUCCUUCAUUCUGUAUCAGUGAUAAUGUUAUAUGAAUCAGUGCAAGUACAAAUUAGCACCAAUUUUUCCAUUUGAUAAUAGUGACACUAAAACAUAUUGUAUGAAGUAUACAUAUCAUUACCUGAAUUUAUUUGUUCGAAGUAUGGUACAACAAAAAUUUUCCUUCUUCCCA